UAGUCUAUUGCAGGGUUGAUAUCUAUUUAAAACGAACAAAAUCCUCCUCUAACCAUGUUCUAUUGGUAGACAAUUUUUAAAGAUCCUACCAAGACUCCACCCAUUACAUUAAAUCGGAAACAUCUUAUUUUUAGUAGCAUGAGACUCUUUUGAACCCUGAAUGACUUUAAUUUUGCUGCUGGAUGCCGAGCGGAAAAUUCAUUAUGUGACAUGGGCAGACGCAGACCGGACUGGUGGUUGGAACAGCAACAUCAACAGCAGCAGCGGGACUUACUGGAAGACGGUUGUCCGAGGAAUGCAGCCAACGCAAGGGAGAGGGCUCGGAUGCGUGUGCUAAGCAAGGCGUUCGGCCGACUCAAGACCACACUGCCGUGGGUGCCAGCUGACACAAAACUGUCUAAGUUGGACACGCUAAGGUUGGCCACCACAUAUAUAGCACACUUGAGCUCGUUGCUAACGACUACCGAGCACAUCGCGGACCAGGGAGAGACCGGGACUCAGGUUGCGGUCACAUCUGCGCAACCAAUAAACUAUGCCAUGACUUGGCCGUAUAGCGCACACAACACCGUGAAAGAAUGUUCAUCGCCUGACGAUGAUGACUACAGAUACAACUGUUAUAAUAGUUAUAACAAUACAUUAGAAGGAAAAUCGUAUUCGACUUACGAUAAUUAUUACAAGCCAUCGAUCAACUCGUGAAUAUUUGUCAUUCAUGUAUAUUGUGUCCUAUAUAGAUCUAGCAAUUUAAAAUAAUAUCGUUGCAGGCUGUAACCAUAACAUUAAAUUUUGACGUUCAGAAAUGUACAAGGGCGUAUGCGAAUAAGAAUGUUAUUAAUUAAAAUGGGAUUAGAAAAAACAAAUUAUGUCUAUAAAAAUAAUAAUAGCUUCAAGUAUGAAAGUAAUGUCACUUUAUAUGAUGAUAAAUGUGAUUGUAGUAAUAAUGAAAUAAAAUUAAUUAAAUUUAAAAAAAAAGUCCUAGU